AUACUAACUUAACCUAAUUACCUACUGAACUAACAAAAAUGUGUGCGUGUACAUUUUGCCCGACUUGCCCGCCGAUCCUGCCGUGCGGCACCGGACCGUGCCGCUACUACUGCUGUCCCCCACCACAGUGCUGCCAGCCCUGCGUCCCACCCCCCGUGCCUUGCACCCCAUGCCCCCCUUGCAACUGCUGCGCCAGGUUCCGGCCGUGCCCGGCGCCGGUCAUCCCGGACAUAGUUCCACCUAUUGUGCCGAUACUGCCGCCUUGCAGGCCCCGCCGGUGUCCGGCGCCGGAACCGCCGCCGUUUUGCCCCCCGAGACCAGUGUGCUGUCCUCCAGUGUUACCUUGCUGUCCACCUCCCGAGCCAUGUAAUCCUCCACCAUGCCGCCCUUGCCCGGAGCCCAUACCAUGUUACCAACCAGUGCUGCCUUGCUGCAAUCCACAAUGCCCUCCUCCAAUCUUACCUAAACAACGACCGAUUUGCCCGAGAGCCCCACCGUGCCCGUAUCCUUGCCUACCCGUCGGCCGUAGCUGCUGCCCCGAGAUCUGUGGAUUGGACCCCGUGACACGGCGACGCCCGACAAUAGUCCACAAUAGUGUAGUGACGAGGAACGUUGAUAAUAGAAAACAGCUGGUUCCCUGCUGUUGCAACCACAUGUGCGUGCCCCUGAUCUAGAGAGGCUCUGGCUGUCCUUAUUAUGGUAACGUUUUAGUGAUGUUUGAUGCAAGUAUUGUGAUGUUUUAGAAAAAAUAUUGUGGUUCGAUAAAAAUAUAUGAUUCUAAAAGUUCAGUUGUUCGUCAAUUUAACAUUAAUCCCUUUUAUAAUAUUAUAAAUGCGAAAGUAACUCUGUCUGUCUGCCUGUUACCUCUUCACCUUCACCUAGCUGGACCGAUUUAGAUGGUAUCGUCUUGGGUCGUCCCAUUCGUUUUUCGUCAAUUUCUUAAAUUAGUCCUAUUCUGCUUUCGUCACUCAUUCUACUUUGAAAGCCACCGACGAUUGUGACGAAUGUAGAAUGAGUGACGAAAGCAGAAUAGGACUAAUUUAAGAACUUGACGAAAAACGAAUGGGACGACCCAAGACGAUACCAUUUAGUUAGAUGAAGUUUGAUAUGGUGACAGCUUAAAAUCCGGUAAAAAGGACAUAGCCGACAUAGGAUAAUUUUUAUCCCAGAAGAAAUUUGUUAAGGGGAUGUACAAUGGGGGGUGGAAAUCACUUUGGAAGUGUUGUUAUGGAUAUAUAUUAACCCCCUUAUUCAUAAAACUUUACGGGCCUGAUUUAGUUAAAUUAUAUUUUAUCCCUUUCUUACGAAUACAUAAGUCAAAACGACAGAUAAAGACAAACUAUUAUUAUUAGCUAAUUAAGGUUUGUAGCGCGUUUAUGAAUAAGUGGGUAAGUCUACGCAGACAAAGUCGCGGGCGGAAGCUAGUAUCUGUGGCUUUCCAUCAGAGAAUUCCUUGCUACGUGUUACUAUUUCACUAUUUCACUGUUAAUACAGCAAAAAAUAAAACUGCACUCGACGGUUAUUGAUUCACUAUUAUUUGGUCAAACACUAAAUUACAGACAUUUGUUACAAUGACGAUUUUUUUACACUGAUUUUAUAGAUUUGCACAUAUUCACUAAUUCU